GUCAAUUUCCAGCUAAGCAAAGAGGGGAAUAUUCUAAUGCGGUCAGAUAUAGGUUGCAUCGCCGUUGCUCCAGGUCAAGAAGAGUGGGUUUCUGUUCUCUGCCUUAUCUUGGCACAUGUACUGACCACCACCAACAACAGCAACAUCAUCUUCUAUUGGGAGGAGGCUGCGGUCCAUGGUUCGUUAGAUAUUCCCAAUCGAACGUGAGUGCGCAGUCUACCUCAUCCAGGCGAUGACGUCAAAGCGUGCAGAAAGUCUCACCGAGUCCUUUCCUCCCAGUCCGUGUACUGUAUCCGCUCGUUGCAGAGAUGUCUUUGACGAAUUUGCUGCCGUGAAUGACUUCCGGAAGGACUUGGCAUCAGAGAUGACUAAGAAAUUCAAGCUCGACAAACUACAAGCAUCAUCCAGGUGGGUCAUGUCAGCAGCCAUGGAUCCCCGUUUCCGCAGCCUUGGCUUCUGUGCUUCCAUAGGUGUGCAGGUCGAUAGUGUGCAUCAUGCAGUGUUGUCAGCAGCAGUAUCUUGCCAGCCGGUGGAAAGUACUUCAGAUAGCGAGGUCUCGGAGCCACCAGCAAAGAGAAGCUGCCAACCGUCCGGUCUGGAUUUGCUGUUCGGCGUUGCCGCAGAGGAGGAGGUGUGCUUGUCUGCCGCUGUUGAACAGGAGGUAAACAUGUACUUUGCUGGGCGUCCAGCUGCUAACUCCACCGUGCCACUGGCAUGGUGGAAAGUUCAUGAGGAGCAGUUUCCACAUUUGGCAGUCCUCGCACAGAAGUACCUGUCCAUAGUGUCCACUUCCGUACCGUCGGAGCGGGUGUUUUCCGCCUGUGGCCUGCUAGUCGACAAACUCUGUUGUUCGCUCAGCCCAGAGACUGUCGACGCAAUGGUAUUUCUGGCAAAGAAUUCCAUUCUGAAGUCAGGGCGCUCACACAGUGGUGCAGAUCAUGACGGCAUUCCCACACUUCUGCGCCAGGGUCAAGAUGUUGAUGCUGAGCAGUUGGAGCAGCCGCCAUUGCCCGACUUGACUGUGGCUGACGAAUGAUCCCUGCAAGCGCAAACACUUCACCAUCUGCUGUUGUGUGUUGCCCGUUCGCCAGUCCGUACUUCUUCUUGCCGUUUUCUCUGUGUACUUCAAUAGUACCAUCCGUGACAAUUUGAAUCAAUUUCA